AUGACCAGAGAACCGAUUAUGAGGGAGCCGGUUAGGAGGGAGUUAUUUGGAGGUGCUCCUAUCCCUCAGGGUAGUACCUUCAAGGUGUUCAUGGACUGCAAGCCACCAAGCAAGAAGGUGGAGGAUUGGUUCUUUAGUGAAGGCAGCAAGAAAGAGAUUGCACUUGAUUUCUUAGCACUGAAGGAAGGGAGCAUGUUAAUAGCAAAAUACAACAUAACCUUUAUUGAAAGGCAUAAUUUGCCACUUACUACUAUUCUACUGAGGAUAAGAUGGUAUGAAGCUAUGAUGAUGGGCUACCAUUUAAGUAUCCGGUCAUGA